GAGUUCCCCAGGAAGCAGGAGCUGCACCGCAACAUGCUCGGCCUUCUGGGUAACGUGGCCGAGGUGAAGUCCCUGCGGCCCUUCCUCAUGACCACGCAGUUCGUCACCGUCUUCAGCGAGCUGCUGGAGAGUGACGCGGACGGCAUAGAAGUGUCGUACAACGCGUGCGGCAUGCUGGCGCACAUGCUGCACGACGGGGAGGGCGCUUGGGGCGACGUGCGGCCCCCGCGCCACCUGGUCGCACAGCGCAUGUGGAGCGCCAUCGCGCGCUGGGACGCCAGCUCGCGGCGCAACAUCAACUACCGGUCUUUUGAGCCGAUUCUGAGGCUCAUUCCACAGUCGGUGUCUCCCGUGAGCCAACACUGGGCCACGUGGGCCUUGUACAACCUCAUCACAGUCUACCGUGAGUGAGCGCCCGCUCGCCUGCUCGCCCGCUCGCUCCUUCACUCGCUCGCCCGCUCGCUCGCUCAUUCACUCGCCGGCCCGCUCCUUCACUCGCUCGCCCGCUCGCUCGCUCGCUCAUUCACUCGCUCAUUCGCUCAUUGACUCGCUCAUUGACUCGCUCAUUCACUCACUCAUUCACUCACUCAUCCGCUCAUUCACUCGCUCAUUCACUCACUCAUUCACUCAUCCGCUCAUUCACUCGCUCGCUCGCUCACCCGCUCGCUCAUUCAC